UUCUCUCUCUAAGAACUGAGAAGAAUAUGGCUUGCUCAAAAUCAUCAUCAUCAAUUGAGAGUGUGUUUGAAGGAUUUGAGCUCUGUGAGGCAAGCAAUGUCCUUCUCAUGACUUUAAUGGAAGAAACCCAGGAAGAUGAUCAUUACCAGAACUUUGAAGAUGAAAGACUUGUGAGUAUGAUUCAGUCACUUGAAGCAGAGAUCAGCAGAAACCCUAUGUUGAUGGAACAGAUGGAUGGUCAGGAUUGCUCCGCGUCAUCAUCAGUCACUGAUGAUUAUGAUUGGGUCAUGGAUAUGGAAGCUGUCCCUUCCAUAUCAUCACCAUUUGAUGAUGAUUUGAAUGCUGGGAGUCCUUAUUGUGCAGAUAUGAAUGAAGAUUAUUAUUCUGAUCAGUUUUAUUGUGAAGUUUCUUGGGUAGCGUCUGGAGAUGCAGAAUUGUAAUUGUAAUAUCAAUUGUAAUAAUUAUAGGAAAUAUUUUCUCUCGAUUAUAUUUGAUAUUUGAUAGAGUACAAUUGCACCGUAUUAUCCG